AUUUAACUAUGCUGUUUUAAUUUCCAUCCCUACGAGUCUAUGACACCGUUUCAGUACAAUUUUCAUAGCGCGCAGUUCCUGCCUUUCGAAUUUCGGCCGUUAUCUCUUCCUUCAUCCCAACUCCUACCUCCGGGUCUUCAACUUUCCGAUUAUCGGCUCUACUUUUCUACCUUCAUAAACCAGUCGUUCUUGCAGCUCAUCAAUCGCGUAACCACUCAUAAUUUCAGCUAAUCAGCAGCACAGAUAAAGCUUCAAUCCUCAUUCACAUGGCCACGUAUGCCCCGAUCAUGUCCUCCUACGAUGGCCGCAUCAGACCACUACUCGACUGCAUCGACAAGCUUCGCAGCCUCAACAUCAGUCAGGAGGGCAUCCAGCUUCCGACCAUUGUGGUCGUCGGCGACCAGUCCUCCGGCAAGUCCAGUGUCCUGGAGUCUCUGGCUGGGAUCAGCCUCCCCAUGGCGCAAGGGAUGUCUACCCGGGUCCCGCUCAUCAUGAGGCUCCAGAAUCAGCCCGACCCGGACUGCCCGCCAGAGAUACAUUUGGAAUUCGGCGGGAAAAUCGUCCCGACGGACGAAGCCCAGAUUGUGGACGCGAUCACUUCCGCCACCAAUGAGAUUGCCGGGCGUGGGAAAGGGAUUUCUCGCACCCCUUUGACGCUGACGGUGAAGAAGUGUGGGGUUCCUGAUCUUACGAUGGUGGAUUUGCCCGGAAUCACCAGAGUUCCGGUGAGGGGCCAGCCACACGACAUCUAUGAGCAGAUCAGAGACAUGAUUUUGGAGUACAUAACCUCCGAGGAGAGCAUUAUACUGAAUGUUUUGUCAGCCACUGUUGAUUUCCCGACUUGUGAAUCGAUUAGGAUGUCCCAAAAAGUGGACAAGACAGGGGAGAGGACCCUAGCGGUGGUCACUAAGGCUGACAUUGCUCCACAAGGGCUUCUUGAAAAGGUUAUCCGUUAUUUAUUUAAGAUAAUAUUUUAACACCCUUUCCAUCCCCAAACAAUUUCUCACUUUAAUUUAGAUCAAUUUUGGAGCAAACAGAACCGAAGUGAUUCAAUGCAAGUUGUUGUAUGGGUUCUAGUCUAGAAAAGGAAAGCCCCUGUCUACAUAGAUAAACAUAACAUUAUCAAUCUGGAGGUCACUGCUAAUGAGGUUCAAAUUGGGUUGGGAUAUGUUUGUGUUAGGAAUCGAAUCGGUUCCGAAUCCUAUGAGGAUGCAAGAAGCGAAGAAGCUAAGCUCUUUGAUACCCAUCCCCUCUUGUCCAGCAUCGACAAAUCCAUGGUCUCUAUUCCAGUUUUGGCUGACAAGUUAGUGAGCAUCCAGGAGAGGAUCAUCUCAAAAUGUUUGCCCGACAUUGUUAAGAAAAUCAAUGACAAACUUGAAUCAAAUCUGGCUGAGUUGAACAGAUUGCCACCAACACUAACGUCCAUGUCAGAGGCGUUGGCUGUGUUGGUGCGGGUUCUGAACUCCACCAAGAAUUCGCUGAGCAAACUUCUGCUUACAGCGGACUUCGAAGAGUAUCUUGGGGAGACAGAUAUGCAUGGCAUCGCUAAGUUAAUGGCGAUGGUCAAUGGGGGCACUGCUGUCUUGAAAUCAGAAAAUCUUGAAAAUAAAGGCGGGAAAGGCUUCUUGAUGGAUGAAAUCUCUGAACUAGAGAUGGGAGGGUUAUCAAAUUUCCUCCCUCAUCGGGCCUUCAUCUAUAUGCUGCAGAAAAGACUCAAUCAGAUAUCCCCGCUUUUAGUUAAACUGGUGGGAGAUAUCUGGAUGUAUAUAGGAACAGUUGUGACCAAUGUACUUUUGCUUCAUUCUAAAAACUGCCCGCAAGUUAAGUCUUGCACAACGAGAGCUGCUGAAAAAUUGAUUGCGAAAAAGAAAUCAGGGUCGGUGAGUUGGGUGAUGGAGAUGAUUGGAAUGGAGAAGUUGGGGAAUUACACCUGCAAUCCUGAGUACUUUGCAACCUAUGACACUCUCAUGCUUAAGCAAGGACAAUUAACUGAGUCUGGUUUUGAAAUCGCUGAAAUUGGAGUUGGUGCAAUCGAAGUUGGGCAUCUCAAGAGUUAUCGACCGGAUGUGGUGAGACAAGCAUUCGAUAUAAAGAUGAGGAUGGUGGCAUAUUGGAAGAUUGUGCGAAUGAGGAUUGUGGAUGGAAUGGUGUUGCACAUCCUGUUUACUUGUCAAAAGCUUGUGGAUAAGGAGAUAGAAGAUGAAGUUAUUAAGGAUUUAACCGGGCAUGGAGGCAUUGAGAAGAUGCUUGAGGAUUCAGCUUUGGAUGCAGAGAAGCGUCAAUGCUUGCUCAAGAGCAUCGAAAUACUUGAGGAAUCCAGGGAUGUAGUCGCCAAGAUGAUGGACAGGAUCACUCUUACUAACGAAUAAAGGAAUCUUGUUUGUUUAUUAUUGUAUUGUUCAUGAACAUAUACCCCCCCACAUCCACUGCAUCAUAUCAUUGUGUGUACUGUACACAGUACACUUUUACAACUGUUAAAUACUUAAAAGGGAAUGUGUGUGUUUAAAUGAGUAGUUAUCUAGAGCAAUUAUGUGUAUGAUCGCAAAUGACACUUUGGGAUUGCAAUACACAUUGCAAAAAGGAUU